AAUUCAAAACCUUUCAGUAACCACUGUAUAAACCUUGGACGUUUCUUUUCACCAAUCUGCAGAAUAGGUAACACUAAUGGUCAUUUAAGAGUCUUCAGUCUAAGGAGCACAGAGGGCUUUUGUGAAAAGCUUCACAAUGGACCUCUUAAACCAGUCAUGCCAGUGGGAAAAUUGGAGACAGGAGAAUGAUUGAAAGCCAUUUACCCUUAUCUACCACGGUAUAAAAUGCCUCCUUGAGUUGACUCAGAGCUAGUUUACAGACAACCUGCAAAAGAGAUAUGAUGAUCCUCUGACAUUCGGCGGGCUAAAGGUGUUAGCUUCAUAAGCAUCUCACCAUGGCUUCAUUUGUUGCACUGUUACUGAGUUUACCUGUUGCACUGACAUGCGCGCCACAAAAAGCAGACUAUGUUGUAGUCUCCUGUUUUCCUAACGCCAUCAUCGCUAAUGUGCCAGAGUGUCCUUAUGGCUGGGAGAUAGACCAGCUGUCCCUGGGUGGAGUGUGUUACACUGGAAUACACAGCCCAGGGUACUACCGCUUCAUUAUACCAGAUCUAACACCGAGAAACCAUUCGUACUGUGGCACACAAUCUGAGUAUAUGCCAGGCAAAGAUGCCAAGUACGUCUUCUACAACUCCAUCGUAUCCAACGAUACUUCGCUGACAGUCAGAAACCAGCCAGUCAACUACACCUUCAGCUGUGUGUACCGAGCAGCCUACCUGGUAAAUAAUGCAGUCUUCAGUCAGAGAGUUGCUACAGUUUAUGUCAACAAUGGGAGUUUAGGAACGUUUAGAUCACAGUUAUCUAUGAACGUGUUCACGAACUCUAAGUUCCUGUAUGCUAAGGACGCUCCCUACGUGAUUGACACCUCUGAGAUUGGCUCUGAAGUUUUUAUCGGUAUUGAAGCAAAAGGUCUAAGUAAUAGGUUCAAAGUUGUUAUCAACAACUGCUGGGCGACUCCAACUCCUUACUCAACAGACAGAAAGAGGUGGAGUCUUAUUAUCAACAGCUGUCCUGCUGACUACACGGUGACCAUUUUCGAUAAUGCCAAAGACAGCCGCUCCACGUUUAAGUUCAACUCUUUCCGCUUCCAGCGACUGGAGAAGGUGUCCACUGUGUGGCUUCACUGUGAGGUCCACAUCUGUGAUGCAGAGAGGCUGGUCUGUCAGCCUAGUCCCUGCUCUCAGAGGUCCCUGUCAUCAGAAAUAGAACCGAGUGGAGGGAUCCUCACCACUGAGUUUCAGGUUAAAGCCAGUGAGUCUUCUAAUAAUGGGCACACAACAGGGACCUCUUUUCUCAUCCCCCUUAUGGUCACGGUGAACAUUUUCUUCGAUUUAGUAAAUGCAUCGAAAAUAUAAAACAAUAAAUAUCUUUUGAGUAUACAAACCACCAACAUAUGUUCAAUCACAAAGCGAAGUGUCACCCCAAGACUCAGGGAGCGUAUGAGUACAUUCCCCAGUUAAAGGACUGAUUUGCAUUUAGUAUAUCUAGAAAGGCUUAAAAAAACAUAAGUGUACUUUUAUUUCCAAUAAAGAUAAUUGAAAAUGUUGUUCUGUUUUCUUGAAGGCAAAAAACUUUAUUGUUGGUAUUUUCUUGUUACAGGUAAAUAAUUGCAUUUCAGGCACAAGAAUACAACCAAAACAAGAACAUAAAUGAGGUAGAUAAACAGAAGUGCUGACGCAUUAGAGAAAAACAAAAUAAACAUAAUUCAUUUUAGUCAUAAAAAAUUUUAAUCUAGAGGAGAUAAAUGUUUUAUUACGCAUGUAUUUCACAAUAUUAUAUCUUUCUGAGGUAUGUGUUCUUGCUUUUUAUUUCUGCAACAUGAAACCAAACUGUCAAAACUUCACAAAUGUUCAGGUCAGGACAGAAUUGUCUGUCAUUUAUGAGAUGAUCGCUUCAUUAUCUGUACUUUUAGUUGAGAAUAGAGAGAGGCUUUCUUUUUGUCACAGCGAGCAUUAAUUUUAAGAGUUGAUUUUUGCUGUCGACUCAAAAAUAUCUGCCUGUUUCUUAUAGGAUUAUAAGAAUCAAUAUCAUAUGAGUUGAAAUUAGGUAUAUACCCAUAUGACAAUUUGAGUCUGUAUCGAUAUCCGGUUGCUGCUGCAGCCAAUUUACAAUAGUUACCGAUAUAAUUUACAUUUCACUAGCCUGUCGAAAUUAUGAUAAAUGACCAGACCUUGGAUGAUACUUCUUAGUUUUAGUUAAAAUCUCACAAUCCUGCACUGCAUCACUAUUAAUGCCACAUGUCCAAAAAAUACCAGCUGGCUAAUCCCCUCCCAAAACUGAAACAGCAACAAGAUAGGAAUACUUUUACUUAUCAGACCAAUAUGUAAAA